UUAUUUAUGUAGUUGUUGCCUAGAGAGAGAGAUCAGAGAGAGCGGGCUCGCUCUCGGCGAUCUUCCUGGGAAGCAACAACCCUUGCAAAAGUUGGUGAGAAUUCUAUUCUUCUGUACUCUACCAGAUAGAGAGAGAAACCCAGCAGCUAGCAGCCUUGAGGCGCAGGGCAAGGAGGAUCGUCGCGAUCGCGCAGAGUGGCAGGGGUAGCUAGCUUUUAACAGGGACAAGCUUCGUCUCUAACCUCUUUUCCUCUUUGUUCUCUUCUCAGCCCGCUUUGUUCCCUCGCGCCUCGCCCUCUUUAGCCACCAGGCACCAGCCCACCCGAUCUCAGCCUCUUCUUUUACCCUGCGCGCCGGCCUUUCAUUCCCCCGACACUCGCAGGGGCUACCCCAGUCUUAAUUAGUCUUUGCCGCAUAUGGGGGCGGGCUAGCAAAGCGGAAGGCAGGACACGAAGAGGCUUUCGAUCGAUCUCUCGUGAUCUUCUCUCAUCAUCACCUACGUACGUGCUGGUUGUGGUGGGGCACGAGAGAUCGACAAGCGCCUGGCCGGCCAUGACAUGGUGCAACAGCUUCAACGACGUGCGCGCCGUGGAGAACAACCUGGCCACGGCGGCGGCCGUCGCGGCGGCCAAGAAGCAGCACCAGCACCAGCAGGAGCAGCCCAGCCUCGUCCGGACGUGCCCCUCCUGCGGCCACCACGCGCAGUAUGAACAGGCGGCGGCGACGAUACAGGACCUGCCGGGGCUACCGGCCGGCGUGAAGUUCGACCCGACGGACCAGGAGCUGCUGGAGCACCUGGAGGGCAAGGCCAGGCCGGACACGCGCAAGCUCCACCCGCUCAUCGACGAGUUCAUCCCGGCCAUCGAGGGCGAGAACGGCAUCUGCUACACGCAUCCAGAGAGGCUGCCAGGAGUCGGCAAGGACGGCCUCAUCCGCCACUUCUUCCACCGGCCAUCGAAGGCGUACACGACGGGGACGAGGAAACGGCGUAAGGUUCACACCGACGAGCAGGGCGGCGAGACGCGGUGGCACAAGACGGGCAAGACCCGCCCCGUGUUCACGGACGGCAAGCUCAAGGGCUACAAGAAGAUCCUGGUCCUCUACACUAACUACGGCAAGCAGCGGAAGCCGGAGAAGACCAACUGGGUGAUGCACCAGUACCACCUGGGCUCCGACGAGGAGGAGAAGGACGGCGAGCUUGUCGUCUCCAAGGUGUUCUACCAGACGCAGCCCCGACAGUGCGGCGGAUCGACGGCGGCCGCGGCUGCUGCUGCCCUCGCUGCAGGCAACAUCAUUAAGGGCGGCGGCGGUGCGGCUGCUACUGAUCAUCACCGUCAUCAUCACGAGGGUGGCAACAACAACAUCAUGCUGAAGGAAGCUGCCGGCAUGGUGGAUUUCUAUAGCCCAGCCGCCGCUGCAGCACUAAUCGGGUACAGCAGCCAGGCGGCCCCUCCUAAUAAUAGGGCGGCUGCGACUGCUUCUGCUCAUCUGAUGCCUAACUUCGAAGUGCACACGGGAGGGGCGGGCUUUGGUCCCUAACCGGAAUUGCGAAGGCAACUAAGACAAGGCAAUUAUAUUCGUUGACUGAUAAGUGAAACUAUAUACUCUACUAGGUUAGAGGCCCGGAGACACGUAAUGAGAAGGUGGCAGGCAGAUAAUGGCACCGGGGAGUGCGAGAGAAGGGGUACUAAUAAGGGUGUUGCGUGGCCGUACAGGUUAGGGAUCCAUUAUUUUACAUUGUUCAUUGUAUACACUAGCAAUGAAGGGCGCGG